GUUGUUGUACAUCGGGUGUUCCUUGUUUCCUCACACCACAUUCAAAUAUUACUUUCAGGCCAGUCAGAUUUGAUAUUCCCGUUCGGCGGGGUUUUGAUUAAAAUGGAGGUGUCGAAAUCUGAUGUUGAUAAGCCCUUUAAACUAAACGGUCUUUUUCUUGCCCCAGAUGCUUCUCAGUAUAUACUAUCAAUUGUCCAACGUGUUGAGCCUGGAAAACGACAAAAGGUUCUUCGUAAGCUGGUAGAAACAAUCCUUAAGCAGAAAAUUGAUAACAACAGAAUUACAAAGGCACUGUGUGAAGCAGCUAUCAAAGAGUGUCGAGCAGAGCAUUCUACAGAUAAUAUUGUCCUAUACGUCAUUGAUGCUUUUUCGGUUCCGUACUUUCGUUUCUCCAAACCCCUGAAGAAGUUUGUCCCAUUUGUGCCUGCUGAUUCAUCAGAGAGUCGUUUAAUAUUUCCAGUGUCACCAGAUGCAAAGGCUUUUUUGUACGCUCAUCGCUACGAGGUUAUAUAUCAGAGAAUUUCGCGGCAUCAAUUAUUCUCUCAGACAGCUGCUUUGGAUGGGUCUCAUAGUACAAAUUAUCGUCUUAGACCGAUUGAAUAUUUACUUGCUUCUGGAUCAAGAAUAGAUUCAGCUGUUGUAUUAGGACUAAUCAGUCAGCUUCGUGAAGGUAAAUGGUAUGCUGAAGAUCCAUCAGGGAUAGUACAAUUGGAUUUACAACAAGCUAUUUUUCAUGAGGGACUACUCCCUGAAGGAUCCAUCGCACUAAUUGAAGGCUUUUAUGAUGAUAAAAUAUUAUACGUCACUGGUAUUGGUCUUCCACCUUGUGAAUCAUCGGAAAUUUCACGUCGUGCUUUUUCUGUCAGUAAUCCAUUCGGUGGUUGUGAUACUAAUGAUUCCCCUGCAGCAUCCUUAGAUACGAAGAUGCAUAAACUCUUGACAACUACUCAGGCUGGUUCAGAUGCUAUGCUUGUAAUAUUGGGAGAAACUCAUCUGGACAAACCAGAUACUUUAGACCAGUUGACUACUCUUUUCAGUGGUUAUUCAUCGUGCGCUCCAGUUGCGUUUAUAUUAAGUGGUAAUUUUCUAAGUGCUGAUUCCAUCGGAAAGACGUGCACCGAACGUAGGUUAAUUCUACGAAGAUUAUUACGACAAUUAAUCACAAUUUUCAAGAAUAACUUUCCAGAUUCAGAGUCUCAACAAACCUCUCAAUCCAACCAGUCACCAAAAUUGAUACUGAUUCCUGGUCCUGAAGAUCCUGUCUAUGCUCCGAAGCAUAUUUUACCACGACCUGGUUUAGGCAUUGAUUUAAUUUCUGAUAAUAAAGAUCGUUCCCCAUCUAGUUGUCCACCGUGGCUACAUUUAGCAUCAAAUCCAUGUCGACUGCGUUUAUACACUCGUGAAAUUGUUAUUUUCCGUGUUAACUAUAGUCGUCUAUUAGUUAGACACUGUAUUCAUCUACCCACAGUAAACAAUUUGGAUUCGUAUGUUGGAACAAGUGAAAAGAUUGAAAGUUCUAUUUCAACAGAAAAUUCUGAGACGGCGGUUGAUAUGGAUAGUGAGGCAGUUGCUACCACUAGUAGUAGUGCUUCAUCAAUAAAACAAGAUACUACUUCAAAGAAGCAUAAAACAUCAACGGAAUAUUUAGGUCAAUGCCUUGCACGUUGUUUAGCUAGUCAAGCACAUCUCUUACCACUUUUAGGUCAUAUAGCACCUGUCUAUUGGUAUUAUGACCAAGCUUUAAGUUUAAAUCCAUUGCCUAAUUUAGUUAUCGCUAUUGAACCGGAACCAUUAGCCAAUUUGAAUGCUUCACAACCAGGAUUAGUGACCACUGGUAAUUGUCGUUUUAUAAAUCCAGGUCGAUUUGGUCAUAUGGAAUAUUCCAAUGAAUUGUCAGGCCUCCAGAAAAAGUAUACUUUCAAAGUUUAUUAUCCAAGAACUGAAAUUGUUGAAGACAGUUGUUUACCUUAAAUAUUAUUGUAUAUUUUUCUUCUCAAAAAUGUAUAUUUUAUAACAGAAAAUUAAUUAUUAAUAAAAAGUCAUUUUAUUUUC